GUCAUGGGAAAGACGGGAUGCGGGAAAUCUAGUUUCAUAUCAAAACUCGCCGUUACAGAUUACACUGGCGCAGUUGGACAUAAUCUUAAGUCUGAAACCCACCUCAUCCAUGAGAUAGAAUGCAGAGUCGGGGGUCGCAGGGUACUGUUGAUUGACACACCAGGCUUCGACGAUACCGCAGGCGAGGAUGUCAUUGUUCUUGAAAGUAUUGCAAAAUGGUUGCAUACUUCGUAUAAUGACAAGAAGUUCCUAUCCGCCCUCAUAUAUAUGCACGAUAUAGGAGAAACUCGAGUCGGACGCUCUUCUGUAAAAUCCUUCAAGUUGUUCAGAAAGAUCACCGGCCAGGAGAACAUGAAAAACGUCGUCUUACUGACGACAAAAUGGGAUGACCUCGGAAGCGAUCAGCUUAGAGGCGCAGAACGGGAAUCUCAACUCAAGAUGAACUCGGACUUUUGGAAAGGCAUGAUAGCCGACGGUGCUUCGUUCAUGAGGCACGACGGCACGACUAAGUCAGCCGAGAAUGUCGCGGUCGGCCUCUUGGAUAAAACGCUUGUCAUCCUCAACAUGCAGAAGCAGAUGGCUGGUGGAAGUUCCCUAGCCAAGACAGAUGCUGGCGCUUACGUUAACGAGGAGUUGAUCAGAUUCCAGCGAGAAGCAGAAGAGAAUAUCCUCCAACUAAGACAAGAAUUCGAGCGAGCCUCGCGCCAAAAGAAUACGGUACUGGAAACCCAACUUCGAGAGCACUACGACAGAAAGAUCGGCGAGUUGGAAGAAAACCGGAAGCAGCAGCAGAGGCUAUUGGAAGUCAAGCUCCAGGAACAGGAAAACAGGAUGGAGGCUGCGGCAAAGAAAAAGGAGGACGAUGAAAAGGAACAACAAAACAGGGAUAUCAGAGAUGAGCUGAGGCUAUAUGAGCUGAUAUAUCGACAACACUGUAACGUUGCAACUAUUGCUAUAGUUGCAAUAUUUAUACAAGUUGUUGAGGCUGUAACAACCACAGCUAUUGCAAGGGCCAUACUAUUUACAAUCGCUGCGGCAAUCAUGCCAGGUGUAGUUGUGAAGAUGGUCGCAAACAACAUAGCACAUAUACGAUACGCAAGGGCAGCAGCGGAGCCCCCCAAAAAUAAAGCAGUGAUACUAUCCGACAUCACGAUACAGGCCUAACAGGAAGAGACUACUUUGAAUCUAACUACGAUCAGACCUCCAGCAAAGCAGGCAUUGAGCGCUCAUUGAGCGCUCAUUGAACGAUUAAAAUCAUGAAUGAUACGUUGAUUUUUGUGGAC